UAUCUAUCUAUCUUUCUUCUCCUUCUUCUUCCUCAACACAUACAUACAUACACCCAUGUCUUAGUAGUAUAAUAUUAUUUGUGUGAUCAGAUCAGCUCAAAACAACAUACAAUCUAUCUAUCUCCACUUUGUUAGUCCCAUCCAGCUAGGAAUUAAACAGCACUAGCUACCCGCCCUUCAUUGCAGUUUUGUCUGUUAGUUGUUAGGCAAGCUAAGAUGGUUUAAUGUCAAGAUUUUUACACUAGUUUUCAAAAACCCAAAAGGAGAAAUAAACCACACAGAAGAGUCUUGGUUUAGUUUAGUUUAGUUUAGUUUAGUAGCUCUUCUUCUUCUUCUUCUUCCCUCCUUGUAAAAACAAACUGUUUAAUUUCUUUCUUCAGCCAUUAUAUUAUAUUGCUAUUUCUCUAUCUUGAUAUAUAGUUUCUACUUUCUGGGGGCUGUCUUGAAGUCCAGUCCAGUCCAGGUAAACUUGCAUUGCAUUGGUGCUGUAUGUUUAUUUCAAGCUUAGCCGCUUUGUGAUAAGGGAAAAGGGAAAAAUUUCAAGCCUUAGCUUCAAUGUACACAUACUUGUGUGCUGCUCUGAAUUUCAACAAGCUAAGCUAAGUGGGGCAUUUUUAUUUGGUCUAAAUAAACAAUUAAGUUUCCAUUCCCUAGGUAAUUAAGCUAGGUGGUUGGAAUAACUCCACUUUUGGUCUCCAAACCAAAAACAUCCUCUUCUUUCUCAGCUCUUAGAAUGGAAAUUCCGUCAAGUCAUGAAGAUGGAGAAAUGCCAAUUCCGAUAAACAGCACAUAUGGGCAUGGGCAGCACAUGAUAAUGCAUCAUCAUGAGCCCCCAAAUAAUAAUCACAUAAUAAUCCCACCUUCCUCCAAUGGCCCCCCAAUUGCUGAUCACCCACCUGCUGCAUACAACAACAGCCAAAGCCAAUUGGUGAUCACCACCAGCAAGAAGAUGGUGAGGUACAGAGAGUGUCUGAAGAACCAUGCUGCUUCCAUGGGCGGCAAUGCCACUGAUGGGUGUGGUGAGUUCAUGCCCAGUGGUGAAGAGGGCAGUCUUGAGGCUCUCACUUGCUCAGCCUGCAACUGCCAUAGAAAUUUCCACAGGAAAGAGGUUGAAGGUGAGCCACUCCCUCCUCUAUCUCUGCCCUGUGACUGCUACCACCAUAACAGCAUCAAGAGGAAAGUCUUUGUGGGCCACCACAAGGCAUUGCCAGGGCCUGAGCCUCCUUUGGGAGGAGGAGGAGGGUACCCUAGAGCAGCAGCAGCAGCAGUACCCCAUCAGAUGAUCAUGUCCUACAACAUGGCCACCCUGCUACAGCCAUCAGAGUCAGAUGAGCAUGAAGAACAACGCCCACCACACCAGCUCUGCGUCAAGAAGAGAUUCAGGACAAAGUUCACCCAGGAACAGAAGGACAAAAUGCUGAGCUUUGCUGAGAGAGUAGGGUGGAAGAUACAGAAACAAGAGGAAUCAGUGGUGCAACAAUUCUGCCAAGAAGUUGGAGUCAAGAGAAGGGUCCUCAAGGUUUGGAUGCACAACAAUAAGCACAACCUUGCCAAGAAAACCAACAAUCCCAAUCCCAAUCCCAAUCCUCCUCAAAUUCAACUCUAGAAGUCAUCAGUACAGUUAUAUAUAUACAUAUAAACAAACAUCAACUGAUGAUCAUUUAAUGUCCAACUUUUGUUCCCCUCUUCUUUUAAUUUGUUCUAUAUCUUUUGGUGUUUAUUUAGCAAGCUUUCCACUUUGUGGCUGGCUGGGUAUGGUCGUAUGAAUUAGGAUUUUAGCUCUCAAUAUAAUUUAAAAUAAUACUGAGAAUGAAGGAGAGGGAGGGAGUAGAGAUCAGAGUAAAGUAGUAGUAGUAUAGUUCAUGCUGUUCCCUGUUGGUUGCAUUGCUUAGAGACUGGCUUGAUGCACUCCAUCUUUUCAACAUUUUCUUGCUUGCCUAUUCAUCAAUAAUUACUUUUCUUUCAUCCCAA